UGUGUAUAUGUGUGGGUAUGUAUAUAAAUGAAUAAAGGUUCUUCCUUUACCUUUGCCUUCUCUCUCUAUCUUUCGCUAAGCUCUCAUCUCCUCUUCUUUCCUCUCUCUAAAGCUCUUCCCUUUGUUUUUAUUGAUGUAAUUCUCCACUUCUUCAUAUAAGCCUUCACCAAAAAAAAAAUCAGCUUUAAAUCCUUUAUUUGCUCAAAAAAAAACAGAAAACUAAAGAGAGAAGAUAUCAUCAAAGAAGAAAGAUCAAAGAUGGUUUUUUCUUCAUUUCCUACUUAUCCUGAUCAUUCAUCAAACUGGCAACAACAACAUCAACCAAUCACAACCACCGUUGGAUUCACGGGAAAUAACAUCAACCAACAGUUUCUUCCUCACCAUCCCCUCCCACCGCAACAGCAACAAACGCCUCCGCAGCUUCACCACAACAACGGUAACGGCGGAGUCGCUGUUCCCGGUGGACCUGGCGGGUUAAUCCGACCAGGUUCGAUGGCGGAAAGAGCAAGGCUAGCCAACAUACCAUUACCUGAAACAGCCUUGAAGUGUCCAAGAUGUGACUCAACUAACACCAAAUUCUGUUACUUCAACAACUACAGUCUCACUCAACCUCGCCACUUCUGCAAAGCAUGCCGUCGUUACUGGACACGUGGCGGUGCUCUAAGGAGCGUUCCCGUCGGUGGCGGUUGCCGUAGAAACAAAAGAACCAAAAACAGCAGCGGUGGAGGUGGCGGUAGCACCAGUAGCGGUAACAGCAAGUCACAAGACAGCGCCACGAGCAACGACCAAUACCACCACCGAGCCAUGGCUAACAAUCAGAUGGGACCACCUUCUUCGUCAUCGUCUCUAAGCUCGUUGCUGUCUUCUUACAACGCAGGGUUAAUCCCCGGACAUGAUCAUAACAGCAAUAACAACAACAUACUUGGACUUGGAUCAUCUUUGCCUCCUCUUAAGCUUAUGCCUCCUUUAGACUUCACAGACAACUUCACCUUACAAUACGGUGCCGUUUCAGCUCCUUCUUAUCAUAUAGGCGGUGGAAGCAGUGGAGGAGCGGCGGCUCUUUUAAACGGUUUUGACCAGUGGAGAUUCCCGGCAACAAACCAACUUCCUUUAGGCGGUUUAGACCCGUUUGAUCAACAACAUCAAAUGGAGCAGCAGAAUCCAGGUUACGGAUUGGUUACCGGGUCGGGUCAGUAUCGACCUAAGAACAUUUUCCAUAACCUUAUCUCCUCUUCUUCGUCUGCUUCAUCAGCUAUGGUUACAGCCACCGCGUCGCAAUUAGCUUCAGUGAAAAUGGAAGAUAGUAACAAUCAGCUCAACUUGUCUAGACAACUUUUUGGAGACGAACAACAGCUCUGGAAUAUUCAUGGCGCUGCUGCAGCAUCCACCGCAGCUGCAACAAGUUCGUGGAGUGAAGUCUCUAAUAAUUUCAGUUCUUCUUCUACUAGCAAUAUAUAAACAAUCAUCUCUCUAAGUGAUCAAUAUAUGUGAUGAUGCAAUUAUGCUUUUAUUAGUUUCUUAUUGGGUGUGGUAUGAUCUUAUGUACUUAGUUUGAAGUUAGUACAUCGAUCGAUCUAUACUAGGUUUUUGUUUUUUCUAUUAAAUUUUCGUUACUAGUUUUGGGUUUUCUUUUUUGGAUUUUCUAUUAAAAUUAGGGUUUUUUUUCUGUUGCAGAAUUUAUUUUUCAUUUUUCAGUAUGAAGAUAUCAUCAUACAUGCGUGUAAUGUGUUCUAUUAUAUAACAUAUUUUUAUUUAUUC